CUUCGUCGUAGAUCUUCCCUUUCGUCUUUCCAUCUGCGGCCGUAGGCGAACUGGCGAAACCGUUGGCCUCAAAACCCCAAUCCACCCACCCCGCCUGCCACCGCCCGGCAAUGGCUUUACUGUAAGGAUCUCAUCUCCUCCUCAAUUCCCAGAUCGGAUUCGGCCAUGUCGAGCUCCACCGCGGCUAACUCAUGGACUCCUCUUUUGUCGGUGGGGCGGCAGAGAUCUGUUUGCGCCAGGGCGAAGUUAUCCGGAUCUCUGUGGAAGGCUCGUAGGCGGAUCGCCUGCGGUUGCAGCGCUCCUCCAUGGAAUUCGAGGAACGGCCAUCCGACCGCUGAAAGCUCCACUUCAUCAUUAUCAGAGAAGUUAGGAAUGGAUAAACAGGGAAUUGAAGAAUCCAAUGUCCUCAUUGAGUGUAGAGAUGUUCAUAAAUCUUUUGGCGAUAAACGAAUACUAGAAGGAGUUAACUUCAAGAUUAGACAUGGAGAAGCUGUUGGGAUAAUUGGGCCAUCAGGAACUGGCAAAUCAACAAUUCUGAAGAUCAUGGCUGGUCUUUUAUCACCUGACAAGGGAGAAGUCCUUAUAUGUGGGAAACAGAGACAUGGAUUGGUCAGUGACGAAGAGAUAUCAGGUCUUCGGAUUGGCCUGGUUUUCCAGAGUGCAGCGCUUUUUGAUUCCCUCACAGUACGUGAAAACGUCGGUUUUCUACUGUAUGAGAACUCACGCAUGCCAGUGGAUCAUAUAUCAAACCUUGUGACAAAGACUUUGGCAGCAGUUGGUCUGAAGGGUGUAGAAGACCGUAUGCCUUCUGAACUCUCUGGAGGCAUGAAAAAGCGUGUAGCCCUGGCUCGAUCAAUAAUUUUUGAUGAAACAAAGGAGAUAAUAGAACCAGAGGUGCUUUUGUAUGAUGAACCUACUGCAGGACUCGAUCCAAUUGCAUCGACUGUUGUGGAAGACCUAAUUCGUUCAGUGCACAGCACGGGGCAAGAUUCCCGGGGACAUACGGGAAAGGUAGCAUCGUAUGUGGUUGUAACGCAUCAACACAGUACAAUAAGAAGGGCUGUUGAUAGAUUGCUAUUUCUUUACGAAGGAAAGGUUGUCUGGGAAGGAAUGACUCAUGAAUUCAACACUACAUUGAACCCUAUUGUGAGACAGUUUGCAUCAGGUAGCUUGGAUGGUCCCAUCAGAUACUGAAGCCUUUCCGAGCCUAUUUUCGCACAGAAUGAGGUCUAAUAUUUUGUCUUUUGCUGUUGAAGUUCGAUAAGCAUGUUCUUAAGCCGGGCUUAGCCUUGAAUAUUAAAUGAUAGCAAGGUCUAUUUGUUUCGCAAAAAAAUAAUUUACAAUGAUUUUUCAGGUAAAUUUUCAUAGGAAAAUCAAUUAGUUUCCCUCUUUUAGUUGUGAGAUACGAAAAAUAUUUCCCCCUUUAUUUCUUCCCUCCCCCUCUUGAUCACAGUUAACCUAAUUGCUCUGCUAUAGCUGCACAGUAUAGAAGAAGGUUACUUGAGAAGGAUCAUAGCUGAGGUUCAUCUGUAAAAGGUAUCGACACUCGUAUGCUUCAGAUAAGAAUGCGGUAUCGUUACAAUCUUCGAAGCAUCAACACGUCGGGAAGAAAGUCCUUGAAGUCUUGUUAAAAUGUCCUGUGUUUUCUCUAGCAAAAGAAUAGAAGUUUCAGAGAUAUAAACACUAACCCUAACUCGGUACUAAUAGCAGCGUAAGUACUAAUGCAUCACUGAUGAUUUGGUGCAAAUUGUAACUUAAUGGGUGCCAAAAUAGUUAUGGUUGGUCUUUCAGCUUUGACAAAGCUCAUGAAACCGAAGAAUAAACGCUAACUCAAGCAUAUGCAAAUCGCUAACUCGCCAAGCAUAACCUGACCAUGGAUAAUCAGGUUCUUUUCCUAUCCCAGCAUGUCAGGAGUGUAUUAAUAAAAGUAUUUAAAAAAAUGCAAAAAAAUAUUUUCCUUUUGAAAAAGUAUUUAAAAAUAAAAUAAGUUAUUUUUUUAUUAAAAAAAUUGGGCAGAAGUGCUGGGCCAGCCACACCCGACCCGAUAAGAUGGCCUUGUUCGGCUUAUUCCGGCCUGAUUAAAAUUGGGCCUUCGUUGGCAAAUGACCCGGCCCAAUCCAAUUCACACCUCUACAGAUAUUUUUCCCCAUACGACAAAUUGAUAGCCGUUUGAUCGUUCCUCUCUUAUCCAUUUACGCCAGUAGAGCGACGGCGGAGGCCGCCGGAGAAGGGAUUGAUAUCGCCAGUGCGAGGCAGGCAAUGACGGCCUCCCUAGGGUUGCCCUCCUUCUCCUCGUCUCCCAUUAUUUCCUCCUCCUUUCCUCCGCCGAGCCACAAAGCGCUCGCUUUCUUCACUCCCAGAGCUGAUCGCACCACCGCAACAGGAACUUGCAGGGCUAGUCAAGCAGUUGACUUGUUUCCAACUAUCUGGCCCGACAUCAUGGUUCGAGAUGCGGUGCCAGAGGAUUAUUGGGGAGUGGCAGAUACUCAUUGUAGUUGUUUCUUUCCAAAUUGUAGGUUCCCCAUCAAUCUUCUUCUCAGGAUCAACCGCUGUGUAAGGUUGCUUUCUGGGUUCCCAGUUCCUCUAGGCAGUAUGUGGACGUGUCUUGUUGCUGUUACUGGUAGUCCAGUGAACAAUAGCUCAUUUAUUCAGAGGGAUGAUCUUGAACCAGAAGACAUUGACAGCAUUAAGAAAGGAUGUGUAGCUGGAAUUCUUACAGUUGAUACAAUGGCUGACUUCCUUCCUAGGAAAGGUCCACUUCUACAAAGAAGAACAAGAAUAGCAUACAUAUCAAAUGUUGCGGUUAGGAAGGCGCACAGACGAAAGGGGAUUGCCAAGAUGCUCAUGGUCAAUGCAGAGGCCCGAGCCUGGAUUUGGGGAUGUCGUUCUGUGGCAUUGCAUUGUGACGUAAACAACUUAGCUGCUAUGAGAUUAUACAAGGAGCAGGGCUACAAGUGCAUACAGGUGCCAGCAAAUGCAAAAUGGCCCAAACCAAGGAGCAAACCAGAUUGAUUCAAUUCAUCAUCCAACCAUUGACAUAUCUAUUCAGGUUAACUAUAUGCUUCUUAUCCCUCGUUCAGCAAAUUCUUUAAUUUAGUUUGUUGUCAUAUCUUUAUAGCCUGUGGAUGGGUUCACUUGGGUCUGUAUCAUUUUAUUCGUUGCCAGAAUACCUUGGACUUUGGUCGCCCCCACCUCAUAAUCACUUGUCGAUUGUCCCUAAUCCUUAGACAUCAACAUUAUUGCAUCAAAGAUGAUUUUUUUUCC